UCGGAAUCACGUCGUCGAAUUCUUGCUCGCUUUUUCCAGUCAGACUUUCAUCACGAGAAACAAAUCGUUUUUUUCAUGUAUGGACUCGCUUUUUGUGACUCGCUGGGUUCCGUUGUUAUUCAUUGUAAAGUGUAACUUUCCAGUGGUGAAUAUGAAUAUUAUUGUGUAUUAGUGAAAUCUUGGAGAUCAAUGGAAAACAUUAAAUAUUGGUUGGAUUGCCAAGUAAAUAUGUAAUCCUGAAGUGAGAGACUCCUGGCCCAAACCAUCAGUUGGGAUUAUGCUGCCCGUCAUAAGAGCAAACUUUCUCCUCACUUUCUCCACAUGUACUGUCCCACAACGAGCCUCAGAGAGGAGCCAAAUCUCGAGUAGGACUGAACGUACUGCUGCAUUUGCAACGAGGGAAUAAGAGCCUGUGUACUUUCUCCCAGCAUGCGGAACGCCGAUCUGGCAGAGAAAUCAGUCUCACGUACGCGAUCCUUAUCAGAAAAUGAAACUGCUCUUCUGUUUCUCCGCACGCAUAAUUAAUUAAUUAAUUUGUGGUUCGAUGUACCGCGCACACAUUUCUGAGUGCACUUUCUCCACGAUACGUACAUAAAUUUAUAGUGAAAGUGUGUGUGUGUAGGUUUAAAAUUGUGUAAAUGUGGAAAGUGAAAGUGCUUCGUGGCCGGAAAACUGCACGAUGAGAGCGAUUCUCCUUCUGCUGAGCGUGAUUACAAUCUCGUGUCAGAAAGUGAACCACAACUCGACCGCGACGCACGUGCUGCCUGUCCCGUUAGCACAGAAUGGAGGAGGGGUUGAGGGGGAGGGGGAGCAGCCCCCCUUCGUGGGGGAGGGGAAGGGCUCCCCCAUCAGUUUUGAGGGGACGGGGGGAACUGGCACGAGUUCGAAUUCAGGGCCGACCCGAUCCCGGAUAGUGGAGACGAAAUACGGGAAAGUGCAAGGGAUCAGUGUCACCAUUGCUCAAGGGAGACAUAACCCGCUCAAGAAUAAGAUUGUCGAGGUUUACGUGGGGAUUCCGUACGCCUCCCCGCCCAUCAAAUCGCAUCGCUUCGGCCCCACUCAGACUGCGCUCCCCUGGGACGGGGUGAAGGACGCCGUCAAACCGGGAUUCGUCUGUCCUCAGAUGCUGCCCGACAUCCGGAACGAGACGGCGGCUUUGAAGGAGAUGCCUCGAGGGUACUUGGAGUACUUGAAGAAGGUGGAACCCUACCUCCGCAAUCAAUCUGAAGACUGCCUGUUCCUCAACAUCUACUCGCCCAGUGGUCCGGAACCGAAAGUGCGUCCCGUCGUGGUGUACAUUCACGGGGGCAUGUUUUCCUGGGGGAGUGGAAACUUGUCGGACGGCACGGUCCUCGCUGCCUAUGGUGACGUCGUCUUCGUCUCGAUAAAUUAUCGGCUCAACGUUCUUGGUUUUCUAAAUGUCCACGCGAUUCCGAAUUCGAAGCCACGUGUCGCCAAUUACGGUUUGAUGGAUCAAAUUGCAGCGUUGAACUGGAUUAAGGAGAAUAUUUUUAAAUUUGGUGGAGAUCCUGGGAACGUGACGUUGUGGGGAUAUGAAUCUGGAGCGGCGUGUAUUCAUUAUCUUAUGACGUCACCGGCAGUUACGCCAGGUUUGUUCCACCGUUCAAUUUUGAUCGCGGGUUCUGCCCACGCGCCCUGGGCUCUCGUAUCAGACCCAACCUCCUCCGCGACCGCGCUCGCUGAAGCGCUCAAUUGCUCCGUCCCAACCGCAGCGCCUAGCGCGACAAAUAGCACGACAUAUCCGGUUCUCCUGCCAGUCUUCUCGUCCAGGACGGAUGGUUCGACAAUUAAGCAGCCAAAGGAAGACCCCAUCUUCGAAUGUGUCAAGAAUAAACAUUUCUCAGAAUUUGUGGGGUUUGCCUCACCAAAAUUUGCAGUCGAUUUUGGACCCAGCAUUGAUGGAGUUGUGAUCAAGCCAAAUUUUAGGGCAAGCUCAGAGUCUCAAAUGGGGAAGAGGGACGCUGCUAAAAAAUAUGAUGUGCUCUUUGGACUCUCGUCCCUCGAGAAGAUGACCGCGUUUAGUGAGAGCGAUCUCACCUCUGGCUUCGAGGGGGCCCGACGUGACGCCAUUCUUCGAACGCUGGUCCGGAAUUCGUAUCGCUUUCACCUCAAUGAAAUCCUCGCCGUUAUUUCGAACGAGUAUUCGUUGGAUUGGGAAAAAUCUUCCGAGCAUCCCAUAGCGACGAGAGAUUUGACGGUGAACGCGUUGACGGACUGUCUCUCACUCGCGCCUGUAAUAGCGAUCCCCGACUCGGGCCAAGUCAAUCGCGGAUUUUUCUACAUUUUCGAACAUGCCACGAAGGACAGCAACUACAAUUAUUUCAGUUCACAAGGACAGCGGACUGGUGGCGUUGGAGGGGAAGAGUUGAGCUACAUGUUUGGGACCCCACUGGUGGACGCGUUGACCGGCCACGUGCUCCCCUUCAUUCCUCCACCGGCCAUUACCAACUACACCAAGGCGGAAAUGGCCCUGUCAGAACUGUUCAUCACCUACCUGUCAAAUUUCGCACAUUCUGGGGAUCCAAACGAGCCCUUAAAGGGAGAGAUCACUUGGCCCGUGUCGAAGGAGCGUAAUCGCUAUAAAAGCAGUCCGUGGGAAGGGUACGAUCGCCUGCAUCAAAAAUAUUUGGAAAUUUCUGUCAACAAAGUGAGAACGCGGAGUCACUACAGGGCACAUCAGAUGUCCAUUUGGCUCAGACUGGUUCCCGAACUGCAGAGAAGUGGGGCUCAGUCCGCGUCUGGCUUGCAUAACAGGAUGAAAGGGGGAAAUGAUCCAUCUCUCUAUGUCGGAAAACUGCGCCACCAACUGGAAGGGGACGAUCCACUCACGAUCCUGGACAUCAUGGGGUAUCGCGGCUUCGGUUUGGAUGGCCUGCUCGAUUCUGGCGGAGGUGUGCAAGAGGAGAGUUCGCUCAACUUAUCGGCAAACCCUCCCGCUCCACCGACCACGUGUUUCUCUCCGCUGGCGGCGUCAUCCUCGCCAUCUUUGGGGGGCAAGGGGACCGGAGGUGAGGGGAACAAUUCGUCAACGACACGACGAGAACCUGUGGGAAGUUCGUUUUUCGCACCGUACUCGACCGCUCUGUCUGUCACCAUAGCGAUUGGUUGUUCCCUCCUCAUCUUAAACGUUUUCAUUUUCGCGCUGGUUUAUUAUCACCGCGACAAGAAGCGCGUCUCCUCCGUCGCGAAAUCCGGGUCACAGAACUCACAGCUCCAAAACUGCUCCAAAUAUGGGGAACCUCCCGAGCUGUUGAAGUCAAAUUCUAUGACGACCACGUGUUCCACGGUGUCCCAUUGUCAUGGAGGAAUGUCGCCCAUUUCGUCGUCGACGAAUAGUGGGGGCGACGGAGGGUUUAAACAUUAUCAUCAAAAUCAGGCCCAGUUGGCGCAAGAGGCUUUGGCGCAAAGGGGAAUUUUGCUUUCACCCAGCCAAGCCGGCCAGCAGUAUGGGUCACGUGACUAUUUGGGAUACAAUGGAGGAGGUGGGGGCACGAUGGGGAUGGCGACGCUGCAAAGAAACAGUAAUGGGGGAAUUGGCGGGGUUCCAAAACCACCCCCACCGCCGAGAAGUUGUGUCGGGUCGACGCUACAACACAGUAAUUCUGUCAGUUUUUCGAGCAAUUAUGACGAGCUGAAGGUUUGAAAGAGAAAGUAAUUUUUUCUGAGCUUAGAACUUGUGAAAAGUAAGCUAAGCAUAAAAUUUUGAAUCAAAUUUUCUAUCUUGUAAUCACUUCUAUAAAAUUAAUUGAUCGGAGUGAAUGAACUCUUAAUAUCAGACGGAUAAUCCAAAUUUUAACUCAUAAAUUAUGCUCAAUAAGUGAAAGUAUCGAUUGAUUGUAUUGUGAAUCAAUUAUUAAUUGGAAAUCUGUGGAAAUAUGUAAUAUUUACCAAUUUGUAAGUAUCGUGUACCUUAUAAAAUUCGCAUUAGUUUUUCGAUUAUGGUAUGUACAUUAAAAUUAGACCCAAUUUUUUAUUAACUUCUUAUUAAGAAUUGGGUCUAAUUAUAAAAAACUACCAUAGUGUAAAUUGUUUCCCUCUUGCCACCAACCCUGCAUGAGUUUAUAAUACUGUUAAUAAAUGUUUACGAUUUAAUAAAAAUUUCUAAGAUUUAUAUCCAAAAUUGUUGUACAUACACUCUUAAACAUGAAAAAUUGUAUACGUGAAACAUGUGAA